AUGGCUUCCAACGUUGUGGUUCCUACCGACCAGGCUGAUAUUAACUCGGCUCCAGAUCGGAUCAAAUUUGCCUAUUGGGUUCCUAACGUGUCCGGCGGCCUUGUCAUAUCCAAAAUCCCGCAGCGGACCAAAUGGGACCUCGAGUCGAAUGUCAAGUACGCUCAAACAGCAGAGAACGUCGGCUUCGAGUAUGCUCUCUCACAAAUCCGGUUCAUGUCUGGCUACGGAGCUGAGAAUCAACAUGAGCCUGUCUCCUUCUCUCAAGCUCUGCUCCACCAAACUAAAAAGCUCAAUCUCAUUGCCGCACUCCUGCCCGGGCCCUGGAACCCCGCCGUUGCAGCCAAGCAGAUCGCAAGUAUCGACCACUAUUCCAACGGCCGGGUGGCAGUCAAUGUCGUUUCGGGCUGGUUCAAGGCCGAAUUCACCAGCAUUGGCCAGUGGUGGCUCGAUCAUGCUGAACGUUAUCGACGAUCGAGAGAGUUCAUCACCUGUCUCAAGGGCAUCUGGACAGAAGACAAGUUCACUUUCCGAGGCGACUUCUACCAGUUUCACGACUACACGCUCCAGCCCAAACCUCUAAAGUGGGAAGGCAGGGAUCACCCAGAAAUCUUUCAAGGUGGAAACUCGAUUGACGCGAGGGAGAACGCCGCCACAGUGUCCUCGUACUAUUUCAUGAAUGGAAACACUCUCGAGGGAUUCCAGGCACAGAUCGCCGAUGUCAAGGAGCGUGCUCGUCGUGAAAGCCGAGAAGAUCAAGUCAAAUUCGCAGUCAACGGGUUCGUAAUUGCGCGGGAGACCGAGGAAGAGGCAAUCCGUGUCCUACAGGAGAUUCAAGGUAAGGCGGACAAAGAAGCUGUUGAGGCAUUCGGCGAUCAAGUGAAGAAUGCCGGUGCGUCAACCGCCGACAAGACUGGCAUGUGGGCGAACAGCAAGUUCGAGGAUCUUGUGCAAUACAAUGAUGGGUUUAAAACGAAGCUCAUCGGGACGCCCCAGCAGAUCGCCGAUCGCAUACUGCUUCUGAAGAGUCUGGGUGUUAGUAUAUUGCUGACUGCCUUUCUCCACUACGACGAUGAGGUUGAGCAGUUUGGAAAGGAGGUCAUUCCCUUGGUGCGGAAGCUGGAGGCAGAGGGCAGAGGGAAGGACGCUGAGUAUGAGAUCAAGCUAACUGGCGAAGUGUACAAGCCCAGGAAGCCUGAAGAGGCAAAGAGCACAUAA